UAGCAUCAUUUUAACCCACGUGAGCCUUUCUGGCACCCAGUCUGCUUAUUAAAGAAGUCAUAGUGGGGGAGCAUUCCGAAAGUUACACGGGAACUGCUUCCAACUGUGUAAAAGGAGAGACAUCGCCUUCCUUGUUCUCUCUGGCUCACACAACUGUCAAAUUCGCCGAGCCGAGAGUACGCUGCCAGCAGCCACCAUGUUGCACGCCAUCCUGCUCGUUCUCCUCAGCAUCGUCUUUCUCAUAGUCGGAAUUCUCACGAAGACAUUUACCUUCUGGAAAGGGAAGGGCAUUCCAUACUUGUCUUUUUUCGAAUACAUCCGAGCAGUUCGUGAUAACUUCACAGGAGAGCUCAAUAAAGUUGCUCUCCGAAAUUACAAGCGCUAUGGCCGGUUAUACGGGUCAUACCAGGGCCUCAUACCGAGCCUUGUUGUUGCUGACCCAGAUGUUCUGAGAGAAAUUUGUGUGAAAGACUUCAAGUCCUUCGUCAACAAGUCCGAUGACAAAGUAUCGGGAAAUAGCCUUUGGGACCAAAUGGUCUUGCACCAGCAAAACGAAGAAUGGAAAAAUACACGUAGCUCGUUGUCUCCAAUGUUCACAACGGCCAAAUUGAAAUCGAUGGUGCCAAAGAUGACCAAGACAAUGGACAGAUUUACAAAGUUGCUCCUGGCGAAGCUUAAUACGAGGCAGCCAGCGAAUCUCUGUCAAUUGCUGGAAAAGUCGGCCAUGGACUUGUACACAUCACUGAUCUUUGAUCUGGACAUUGACAGCCACGUCGACACUGAACAUCCAAUGCUCAAAUGCUACAGUGGCUUUCUCAGUGCCCCGGGUGGCUGGAGACUUCUCAUGAUGACCACACUCCCCAGACUUUUCAAGGCAUUCAGGGUGGAAUUUCCAAACAAAGGCGACUCCCAGUACGCGUUGGAUUUCACGAAACAUCUAAUUGAACGGCGGCUACGUGCAAACGAGAAACAUGAUGAUGCACUCCAAAUGUACAUGGACACUAAGAUGCAGCAAAAUGGAAAAGGAGGUGUUCAACUACCAGAAUCUGCCAUGAACGACAUCUCAGCUCAGUGCAUGUGCCUGUUUAUCGCUGGGAGCGACUCUAUAGCUCUGACUGUGACAUGCGCGGCAUACUCGCUGGCUCUGCACCCAGGCAUUCAAGAGGCGGUGAUAAAAGAAGUUGACGCCGCGGACGAGGCCACGUACGAAACUCUUACGGUCAAUGGUACUUCUCGACGCUGUGGUCAGCGAAACGCUGAGGAUGUACUCACCGACGUCAGUGCUCACGAGGAUAUGCUCGCAAAGCACAACGAUCGCUGGAGUCCGUUUCACGCCUGGUAUGCGCGUAGAGAUUCCCGCGCACGCGAUGCACUACGACCCUGAAUUUUUCCCAGAACCAGAGAGCUUCAAGCCACAAAGGUUCCUGCCGGAGCACAAGGAUUCGAUCAACACUUACACGUAUCUUCCAUUCGGAGUGGGUCCUCGAGUUGCAUCGGCAUGCGCAUGGGCAUGGUACAAGUGAAGUACAUUCUCUACCGCCUCCUGCAGAACGUUACCUUCGAACCCUGCGCCGAAACAC